CUGCAUGAAGAAGACCAUAGGAAGAGAAAACAAAAGUCCCCCUGGGUUUAUUCCCCUCAUGGUCUUGUUAUGCCAGCCACAAAACGACAAAAUGACCCCGAAACGGGCAAAAAGAAUAAGAAAGAGAAACGAGGUGAACUCGCUGUGAUUAAUUCGGAUCUAAAUGAUGAAUCUGUCCAGAAAGGCAUGAGAGACGCAUGGCAGAGGAAGGAGAGCUACUCUAAUGGUAACGUCCACCUGGACUGCGAGCCCUUCCCUCACUGUCAGAUAACUCAUUUCCUGCAGAGUGAGAGUUUCGUGGAAAGCCUGCAAGCAGAGCUCCUGCAGCUCAGUUUCAACAGCAAGUCAAAUGAUUUGUACAAGUUUCAGCAGUCAGAUGAUCUGAGAGAAAGGAAGGAACAUCAUAUUUCACAAAUAAGGUCUGUGAUUUUUGGGGAGUUUCGUGUUUGGUUGUCAGAAGCGUUGCAGGUGGAUCUGGAGGGAACUGUCGAUAUAUCCUGUGCGAAGUACGAGCAUACAGAUGUUUUGCUGUGUCACGAUGAUGAGCUGGAGGGACGAAGAGUUGCCUUCAUCCUUUAUCUGGUACCUCCCUGGGAGGUUAAAGAUGGAGGGACACUGGACCUGUUCAGCACUGAUGAACACUAUCGGCCUGUGAGUGUUGUCAAGUCUCUGCUUCCUUGCUGGAACUCUCUGGUGUUUUUUGAAGUGUCCCCCGUCUCCUUUCAUCAGGUGGCAGAGGUUCUUUCCGAGGAGAAGUGUCGUUUAUCUCUGAGUGGCUGGUUUCAUGGUCCUUCUCUACCAAGACCCUCACGCUACAUUGAACCCCCAGUUCCCCGUCACGUUCAUAUCCCCAGAGAUGAGAGUUUGCUGUUUGAGUGGGUGAAUGAGAUGUACAUGGAUCCUCGCUAUCAGGCUCGGGUACAGCAGGAAUUCGAAGAGAGUUCUGAGAUUUGCUUGCCUAGUUUCUUACAGGAAGAGAAACUGAGGCAGGUGCGCAGCGCACUACAGUCGUCUGAAAUCCAGUGGGAGAGGAAGGGGCCACCCAAUAAGAGGUGUUAUGGCUGCGCAGAUAUGCAGAGCGUCCCAUCUUGUGUACAGGAGUGCUGGGAACUCCUCUCCUCGGAGUCAUUCUUCAUCCUCUUAUCCAACAUGACCGGUCUCCGUCUGCACUAUCUGUGCGGCGAUGAGGAUGAGAGCGAGAACGAAGACGCAAAGAGUGAGACAGAAGACGGAGAUGGAGAGGAAAAUACACAAGCAUCAGCAUCCAAUACCGACGCCGAAGCUUCGUCAACUGAGAAGAAAGACAAAGGUCCUCCUACUUGUGUAGGAGAACUGCGUCGCUGGAUGCAUGGAGACUACACACUGUUGCAUGACUCUGUCAAAAGAGAGUAUGCAUUGGACCUGCAGCUUCACGUGGGCUGUGCAGGGUGGAAGUCAGAGUUUGGGGGAUUUACAUCCUAUAUUGCACAUGAUGAAGAUGAGGAGCUCCUGACAGUGUAUCCUGAAGAUAACUCCCUCGCUCUGGUCUACAGAGACAAAGACACCCUUAAGUUCAUCAAGCAUAUCAAUAAUAGCAGCUCCAGCCAACUUUCCUCCCAGAGCACCACAGCUUUCUAUGACUUCUCUUUUAACUACUAUGAAUGAUGAGAGAAAAUCAAAUGUUUGAUUGGCUGGCUGAUUGUAAGCAAGUAUACGAAAAAUAAGGGCACUUUCAUAUUUGAACGUGCAAGUUUCACUCCCAAACACAAACAUUCAGUGUUGAGUGGGAUGCUCGAAAUGAACUGUAACCUUUUGAUUGUUAAAAGAGCAUUUGUGCUCAAAUGUCAAUAAAUGUUAAUAAUUAACACACA